CCAUUCCAGUUACUAUUCAUCAAUAAAAAUGCUCAAGUUUUGAGCUUUUUUGGAAAUGUUUAUGGGCUUUUUUUCCUAUUUUAACUUUUGCUCACCAUUGUAGCUCAUGAUCAUUUUUUUUACUCACGAAAAAUUCUCAUGAGCAAAAAAAACACUCACCAUUGCUAGUGCUCUUACAGGCUUUAGUUCGAUAAGACGUCUUUAACUCUUGAAAGUAGUGCUAUGAAACAUGUUGAGCUUCGAGUCCAGGUGACGACACAAAAAGAACUCAAUAAACAAAUUCAAAACGUAAAAGCCACUCCUUCUCUUUCCGCCUAAAAUUCCUCCUUCUCCUUCUUUCUUUCUCUUUCAACUUACUCAAAUUUUACCAUCAUCAACUUUCUCUCUCCUCAAAUUAGGGUUUCCGAAACUCCCGCCAGAUUUACCGCCUCCGCCGCCGUCUCCGCCGUCUUCCGCCGCCGUUCACAUUCUCGCAUCUGCAUGACUCGCAUCCGACACCAAUUUCCACCGCCGGCGCUUUUUACCGUCACUUCCGGCAGCUCUUUUAUCGUCGGCGAUGUCUAUCAAACCUUCGCGCUCCAAUUCUCUGUCUGUAAUUAGAUCGGAACCUUCCAAGAGCACGCCGGUGUCGGAGCUUACGAAUAUGAGUGUCGCACCAAAGGAGAUUAUAUCGGUUAUCGAUUCGUUGAAGCAACAUGUUGAAGCUCAACGGCAUGUUUAUGUCAAGAACAUAAUGGAAGAAAACAGGCAAAAGUUGUGCAAAGUGACUUUAGGAAAGGAAAGAAAAAAUGUGACGCCUAACGACUUGGAAAAGAAUGCAGCUUUAUUGGUAAAAAGGCAGACUGAUGCGGUCAAUAUGCAAAACGGUAUUGGAGCUGGUAACAAAGGUGAUGGUGCCAAUGUCUCACCUGAAGAUACAGCGAUUCUUCUAGGUUCUCCUUUCCCUAAUAAGAAUACUAUUCGAGCCAUCAGACUUCCUGGAGUAAAGAGAUUACCACCUUAUACUACAUGGAUUUUUUUGGACAGAAACCAAAGGAUGACAGAAGACCAAUCUGUGGUAGGUAGAAGGCGAAUUUAUUAUGAUCCAAAUGGCGGGGAGGCCCUAAUUUGCAGUGACAGUGAGGAAGAAGUAAUUGAGGAUGAAGAAGACAAGAAGGAAUUUGUUCGAUCAGAAGAUUACAUCCUUCGAAUGACAGUGCAGGAAGUUGGUGUAUCAGAUGCUGUUUUGGAUUUACUUGGACAGUGCUUUUCCAAAAAACCUAGUGAUGUCAAGGCAAGAUAUGAAAUUCUUUGUGAGGAAGAGAAGGCUAUGACAGGUGUAAGAAAUGGGGAUACCAUGGAGACUUCAGAAAAUUCAAACCCGUAUCUUGAUAAAGAUUUGGAAGGAGCUUUGGAUUCUUUUGACAACCUGUUCUGUCGCCGUUGUUAUGUUUUUGAUUGUAGAUUGCAUGGAUGCUCACAGGAUCUCAUCUUUCCUACUGAGAAACAACAUCCCUGGAGCUCUUCCGAGGAGGCAAAUGUACCAUGUGGUUUGCACUGCUAUCGUACGGCUUCUAAGUAUGAAGGUGAUUCUGCAGUCAUCUCCCAAAAAUUUGAUGGCUCUGAAUCUAAGCCUGGCCCUUCGUCUGAUGAUGGUUUUGCUGAGGUGUCACCAAGAAAGAAGUCUAUUGGUUCUUCUAGCAAGCGAAAGGGAAAAUCCACUCAGAGUGAAAGUGCCUCGUCACAUGCAAGAAAUACAUCUGAUAGCAGUGAUUCUGAUGAAAGACUUGUUCAAGAUAACAACUCUGUUGACCAAUCUUCUAUCCAUUCUAAGCGUAAGUUGAUUGGGAAAUCUGGAGCUCGCAAAAGUAGGAAUAAGCGAGCUGCUGAAAAGAUAGUGGUUGCAAUCCAGAAGAGGCACAAAAAGAUGGUGGCUCCAGAUGCUGAUUCAGUCAACGCUGGACCUACCAUGUCUAGAGAUAUGAAGCUUCGAUCUCGGGCACGCAAGGAGGAUGAUGUUGCAAGUUUUCCACAGAAGAAAGGAAAUUUAAGCACUGGUGAAAGGUCAAGGAAGGCUUCGCUGGCUGUGGGAAGCUCCAAGUCCAUAAACUGUGAGACUCCUAGUGAUCUUCUUAAUGUAGCAUCCAACGAUCAAUCUACUUGUCAUUUGGAUGACAUGUCAAAGAAAGAAGAACUUGUAGAUGAAAGCCCUGGAAAACUAGAAGUUAAUAAUGACAGUUCAUGGAAGGCUCUUGAAAAAGCACUUUAUGAGAAGGGUUUGGAGGUCUUCGGCAGGAACAGUUGCUUGAUUGCUAGAAACCUUUUGAAUGGACUGAAGACAUGUUCAGAGGUCUAUCAGUACAUGAAUCACUUGAAUAAUAAUCUAUCCUACCAAGGCGGUGAUGAUGGGACAAACCUUGAGUGCACUGGAACCAUGGGCAAUGACAUCAGGAGGAGAUCAAGAUAUGUUCGGCGGAGAGGUAGAGUUCGCCGUUUGAAGUAUACAUGGAAGUCCACAGGUUACCAUUCCAUUAGAAAGCGGAUUUCAGAGAGAAAGGAUCAGCCUUGUCGACAGUAUAAUCCUUGUGGGUGUGAAUCUUCUUGCGGAAAGCAGUGUUCAUGUCUUUUAAACGGUACAUGCUGUGAGAAAUAUUGCGGGUGUCCCAAGAACUGCAAAAAUAGAUUCCGGGGCUGUCACUGUGCUAAAAGUCAAUGCAGAAGCCGUCAAUGUCCAUGCUUUGCUGCAGAUAGGGAGUGUGAUCCAGAUGUCUGUCGUAAUUGUUGGGUUAGUUGCGGUGAUGGUACACUCGGUGUCCCAAAUCAAAGAGGUGACAAUUAUGGAUGUAGAAAUAUGAAGCUAUUGCUCAAGCAACAGCAGCGGGUUCUACUUGGCAGGUCUGAUGUUUCUGGUUGGGGAGCAUUUCUUAAGAAUGGUGUUGGGAAACAUGAAUACCUUGGGGAGUACACUGGAGAAUUAAUCUCACACCGGGAAGCUGAUAAACGUGGAAAGAUAUAUGACCGUGAAAACUCUUCAUUUCUUUUCAAUCUAAAUGAUCAGUUUGUUCUAGAUGCUUAUCGAAAAGGGGACAAGUUGAAAUUUGCCAAUCACUCUCCUGAUCCAAAUUGCUAUGCAAAGGUUAUUAUGGUAGCUGGUGACCAUCGAGUGGGCAUAUUUGCCAAGGAACGAAUAAAUGCAGGGGAAGAACUUUUCUAUGAUUAUCGUUAUGAACCAGAUCGAGCACCAGCCUGGGCCCGUAAACCUGAGGAACCUGGAUCAAAAAAAGAUGCUGCCGGGCCUUCAAGUGGCCGUGCAAAGAAGCUCGCUUAAUCCAUUACAGUACAAAUCUAGUUCGAGUCAAGAAAUCAUUUUUUUGUCAUUCUUUACAGGUCGAGCAUCAUUCAUAUGAGAGCGGUGAAAUCCUAACCACUGACAUCCCUUUAUUAAGGGAAAUUUUUUGGAUUCGAUUCACAUUCUAACUCAAAUGUAUUCUACAUACAUUGUAAAAGGAUGCUGAAUUCACCUACUCAAAUGUAUUCUACAUACACUAUUUAUUUGACAUCCGAUAUUUAUGGAAUUAAUGCAAGGCAAAAAGUGAUUCUUGUAUAGUUUUGCAUUCUUGGCAAUUUAUAGUAAUUCCCAUUUCAGUAAA